AUGGUAAGUGAUUGGAAAAAUUUUUGCCUCGAGAAUGGUUCUCGGUUUCGCCCAACAAUAGAUAGGCCCUUUUUUAAUAUCUACUUGUGGGACUAUUUCAACCGUGCUGUUGAGUGGGCCACUGGAGGUCGUUUCCAACCUAAGAAUUUUGAGUUUGCUGUUGGGAAGCAGCCUCUGAGUGAACCUCGUCCGGUGCUAAUUUUCAUUGUGAUGUACUAUGUGAUUAUCUUUGGUGGUAGAUCCUUAGUGAAGUCAUGUGCACCUCUGAAAUUAAGAUUCAUUUCUCAAGUUCACAACUUGAUGUUGACGUCAGUUUCUUUCUUGUGGCUGGUGUUGAUGGUUGAACAAAUGGUUCCCAUAGUGUAUCGUCAUGGGUUAUAUUUCGCAAUUUGUAAUGUUAGAUCCUGGACCCAGCCAAUGGAGGCAUUGUACUAUUUCAACUACAUGACGAAGUUUGUUGAGUUUGCGGAUACUGUUUUGAUGGUGUUGAAACAUAGGAGGCUGACUUUCCUACAUACGUAUCACCAUGGUGCCACCGCUUUGCUUUGUUACAACCAAUUGGUUGGUUACACAACAGUUACAUGGCUCCCUGUCACUUUGAAUUUGGCUGUUCACGUUCUGAUGUAUUGGUAUUAUUUCCUAUCCGCUAGCGGAAUUCGUGUUUGGUGGAAAGCCUGGGUGACUAGACUGCAAAUCGUGCAAUUCAUGGUUGAUCUCGUCUUUGUUUAUUAUGUUCUUUACCAGAAGAUCGUUGCCGCAUACUUCAAAAAUUCUUGCCUUCCUGCCAGUGGGGAUUGUUUCGGUUCGUUGACUGCUAUCUCUGCUGGUGCAGCCAUUCUUACAUCCUAUUUGUUUUUGUUCAUCUCAUUUUACAUUGAGGUUUACAAACGUGGUAGUACUAGCGGUAAAAAGAAGAUUAACAAACACAACUAA